AUGGGUUCCAUUAAGGACUUACCUGAUGAAAUUCUAGAAAAUCCAGAAUUAUAUGGAUUAAGAAGGUCCCAUAGGGCGUCCGCACAUUAUAAUGCUAAUGCAUAUUAUGAAGAUGAUGAAGAUGAUGAUGACGACGACGUUGUCGUUAAGAAACCUUCAAAGAGAAGUAAGAAGAAACAGAGUUCUGAUGAAGAUGAUUUUGAAAUUGACGAUAAUGCCGACCUAGCUGAUGAGGACGACGAUGAUGAUGACGAUCAAGACGACGACGAUGAUGAUGAUGAUCAAGACGAUGAUGAUUAUGGGUCUACAAAAAGGAAGAAAAGAAUAACUAUUAAAAAAAAAAGACAGACAUCGAAAAGAAAAAAAAGAAGCUUUCCUGAUGAGGAAAAUAAUACACCAGAUUAUGCAAUUCCUACAAGGUUUUCUAACCGUCAUAACAAGCCCAUCAAUUACAACGUAGAUUAUUCUGACGAGGAUUUAUUAGAAUCAGAACCAGAACCAGAACCCGAAGAUGAUUUUGAAGAUGGAAUGGAUGCUGAUGAAAGUAAUUAUCAAGAAUAUUCCGCCACACCUCAGGUGGAAGAUACACAUACCAUUGACAUGGUAAUUUCUCAUAGGCUGAAGGAUGAUAGCGAUGAAUCAAUAAAGAAAAUUGUACCUGAUUUAAAUCAAUGUAAACAAAAUUAUCAAUUCCUAAUCAAAUGGACCGAUCAGUCACAUUUGCAUAAUACUUGGGAAACCUAUGAAUCAUUAAGUUAUCUUCGUGGCUUGAAAAAAUUGGACAAUUACUGUAAACAAUUUAUAAUCCAAGAUCAACAAGUUCGUCUGGAUCCAUAUAUAACUGCUGAAGAUAUAGAAGUCAUGGAUAUGGAAGCUGAACGUAGAGCCGAUGAAUUCGAAGAAUUCACAAUUCCAGAAAGAAUCAUUGAUAGUCAACGUAUAAGUCUAGACGAUGGAACUUCUCAAUUACAAUAUCUUGUCAAAUGGAAACGUUUAAAUUAUGAUGAAGCUACAUGGGAAUCUGCAACUGACAUAGUCAAAUUGUCUCCUGAGCAAGUAAAACAUUUUCAAAAUAGAACCAACUCUAAAAUCCUACCCCAACACUCAAUUACUUACAGCAGUAAUUCCUCUAGGCCAAAAUUCGAAAAACUAACUGCUCAACCAAGUUAUAUUAAAGGUGGCGAAUUAAGAGAUUUCCAAUUGACAGGUAUUAAUUGGAUGGCUUUCCUAUGGUCUAAAAAUGAUAACGGUAUUUUAGCAGAUGAAAUGGGAUUAGGUAAGACUGUGCAAACUGUAGCUUUUAUUAGUUGGCUAAUAUACGCUCGUAAACAAAAUGGCCCUCAUUUAGUAGUCGUACCAUUAUCUACAAUGCCUGCAUGGCAAGAAACCUUCGAGAAAUGGGCACCUGAAUUGAAUUGUAUUUGUUAUAUGGGUAAUCAAAGAUCAAGAGACACUAUCAGAGAGUUCGAAUUUUAUACCAAUCCUCAAGCGAAAGGGAAGAAGAAUGUUAAAUUUAAUGUAUUAAUGACUACAUAUGAAUAUAUUCUUAAAGACUGCUCGGAGUUGGGAAGUAUUAAAUGGCAAUUUCUAGCUGUUGAUGAAGCACAUAGAUUAAAGAAUGCUGAAUCAUCAUUGUAUGAAUCACUAAACAGUUUUAAAGUCAAUAACCGUCUUCUAAUUACUGGUACACCAUUACAAAAUAAUAUUAAAGAGUUGGCCGCACUAGUGAAUUUCCUAAUGCCAGGUAGAUUUACAAUUGACCAAGAAAUCGAUUUUGAAAACCAAGAUGAACAACAAGAAGAAUAUAUUCGGCAUUUACAUUCAAGAUUACAAGCGUUUAUUUUACGUCGUUUGAAAAAAGAUGUAGAAAAAUCGCUACCAUCUAAGACGGAACGUAUCCUUCGUGUUGAGCUUUCUGAUGUCCAAACUGGUUAUUAUAAGAAUAUUUUGACAAAGAAUUAUGCUGCCUUAACUGCUGGUGCGAAAGGUGGUCAUUUUUCACUCUUGAACAUUAUGAGUGAAUUGAAGAAGGCUUCUAAUCAUCCAUAUCUUUUUGAUAAUGCAGAAGAACGCGUGCUAGAAAAAUUUGGUGACGGGAAAAAAACAAGAGAAAACAUUUUAAGAGGUUUGAUUAUGUCUUCAGGUAAAAUGGUAUUACUAGAUCAACUAUUGACUAGGUUGAAAAAAGAUGGUCACCGUGUUCUAAUUUUCUCCCAGAUGGUCCGUAUGUUAGAUAUACUUGGUGAUUACUUAUCAAUUAAAGGAAUCACAUUCCAGCGACUAGAUGGGACAGUACCAUCUGCACAAAGAAGAAUUUCAAUUGAUCAUUUUAAUGCACCAGAUUCUAAAGACGAUGUGUUCCUACUAUCUACUAGAGCAGGUGGUUUAGGUAUUAAUUUAAUGACAGCUGAUACUGUCAUUAUUUUUGAUUCUGAUUGGAAUCCACAAGCUGAUUUACAAGCUAUGGCGAGAGCUCAUCGUAUCGGUCAAAAAAAUCACGUCAUGGUUUAUAGAUUAGUAUCUAAAGACACAGUGGAAGAGGAGGUCUUAGAAAGAGCACGGAAAAAGAUGAUCCUAGAAUAUGCUAUUAUAUCCCUAGGUGUUACUGAUGGUAAUAAAUAUACGAAGAAAAAUGAGCCUAAUCCAGCAGAAUUGUCUGAAAUUCUGAAGUUUGGUGCCGGAAACAUGUUUGCUGCCAACGAUAAUCAAAAGAAAUUAGAAGAUUUAAAUUUAGAUGAUGUUUUAAAUCACGCAGAAGAUCAUGUUACAACUCCUGAUUUAGGUGAAUCGCAUUUAGGUGGUGAGGAAUUUUUAAAACAAUUUGAAGUUACAGAUUAUAAAGCUGAUGUAGACUGGGAUGAUAUUAUACCUGAAGAUGAAUUGAAGAAAUUGAAAGACGAAGAGCAAAAAAGGAAGGACGAAGAGUACAUAAAGGAACAAUUAGAAAUGAUGAAUAGAAGGGAUACUGCUCUUCAAAAGAUUAAGAAUACGAUUAGCGGUAAUAAUGAAGUAACUUAUGAUUCUGAUGAUGAGACAAGUACUGUUUCCAAAGCCACUAAGCGUAGAUCUAGGAAUGAUUUGAAUUCAAUUGGAGAAAGUGAACUUCGAAUGUUAUAUAAGAAUGUUUUAAGACAUGGUGAUUUAACAAAUCUUUUUGAAGAGUUGAUUGCAGAUGGAAGUUUGCCUGUUAAGUCGAUCGAAAAGUAUGGCGAAGUAUACUCUAAAAUGAUGCAGACGGCAAAGGAAGUUUUUCUUGCUGAAGAUGAAAAACGGAAGCAAAUAAUGAACGAACUUGAAAAUGAAGCAAAACUUUACAGGGCAGACUUGAAAAGUGGUAAAAUUAAAAUUGAAGAUCAAUCUAAGGACAACCCAAAUGCCAGAUUAGCAACCAAGAGGAAAGAAAAGAAAACGAUUGUGUUUUCAUUUGGAGGGGUUAAUUCUUUAAAUGCAGAAGUAUUCAUUAGGAGGGCAGAAGAUUUAAAAUUUUUGAGAGAUGAGAUUAUUAAACAUUUCAAGUCUGAUCCUUUAAAGUUUACCUUGACACCGAGGAUACCGAAGGUUGUGCAGAAUUGGAGUUGUAACUGGAAUAAAGAAGACGAUGAAAAAUUACUUGUUGGUGUUUUCAAGUAUGGGUAUGGGGCAUGGUCCCAAAUUCGAGACGAUCCAUUCCUUGGACUUACAGAUAAAAUAUUUUUAAAUGAAUCACAAUCCAAUAGAAAGCCAACGAACGAGGAACCAAAUGGCGAGAUAGUAAAGAAAGGUAAAGGUAUUACAGGUUCGUCUAAAAAAGUACCAGGUGCCAUUCAUCUAAACAGAAGGACGGACUAUUUGAUAGCAAUGAUGCAAGAGCCAACUCCUGAAAAUUCUCCGUCAGGAGCCAUAACACCAAUAGAGAAGAGCACACCAGCAACUAAGAGGAAAAGACAACCAAAACAGACGAAAACAACCAAAACAAAACCAAGUAACUCUAAUACCCCCGCAGCAAAGCGUGCCAAACCUAAUCCAAAGAAUGUGGACAAAGUUAAGAGGAUACCGAAAGAUAUUUCAAGUAGUCCCACACUUUCUAAUAAGUCCAUUUCAACUUCUGAAUCAAGGACAUCAAGCUUAAAGAAUAGUACAGUGAAUCAAACACAUGAAAAAGAAUAUGAAAGCAUGGAUGAAGAUGAAUGCAGGCAUGCCAUGGCUUCCGUGCGGGUAUCACUAAAGAGAUUGAGACGUGGGGGUAAAGGAUUAGACCGUAAAGAAUGGGCACGUAUCCUGAAAACAGAAUUAAAGAAUAUAGGUGAUCAUAUUGAGUCUCAAAAGGGAAUGUCGAAAAAAACAGAAUCAUCGAAGUUCCGCAAACACCUUUGGUCGUACAGCACUAACUUCUGGCCUGUUGAAGUGAAAAGUACGAAAUUAAUGGCAAUGUAUGACAAAAUUAAUGCUACAACCAAGUCUAAUUCAUCAUAA